AUGUGGUUACUUGUUCAGUGUGGUGAAGCAAACAUGCAUAGUGGUAGAAAGAUGGCCGAUGUGGUGCUCGGAAAGAGGGGCACAUCGAUCGAUGUAGGGGAGGCACGACGAGGUGCAGGUACCGCAUGCUGUCGCGAGUGUAGAAGGGGAGGGAGGAUCGGUCGACGGCUACGAGAGAGUGCCGAUCAGCUCAAAGACAAUCCAUGA